AUGGCCUCGCUCGCAGGCAGAGGUCGAGCAAAGAUUCGCCCUCCGCGACGAGGUCUAGCCGGCGGCGACGUUGACUUCGAGGCGACAUGGGCGACACUGGAGCGGGCAUUCGUCGAGAUCCACACCAAGAACGCUUCCCAACUGUCCUUCGAAGAGCUGUACCGAAACGCGUACAAGAUCGUGCUGAAGAAGAAGGGCGAUGAGCUGUACAACAAGGUCGCGCAAUUCGAGGAGCGGUGGUUGGGAGACACCGUGCGGAACCGGAUAGUGAAGCUCCUGAAUGCGCCAUGGCUGCUGGCAGAUGACAUCGGACGGACACUGGCGACUACUGCUGAGCGGAGAGUGACAGGCGAGAGUGUGCUGCGCUCUCUCAAGGAGUCAUGGGAGGACCACCAGGUUUGCAUGGGCAUGUUGACAGACGUGCUGAUGUACAUGGACCGCGUCUACUGCACAGAUCACCGCCAGCCAUCAAUCUACGCCAAGUCCAUGGGCCUCUUCCGCGAUCAGAUCCUACGAACGCCCGUGAGAGCAUCCGCGCCCGACAUCCUCCAGAUCCUCACCGGCAUCAUCCUCGACCAGAUCGCCAUGGACCGAGACGGCGAAAGCAUCGACAAGUACCUCAUCAAGUCGAACGUCUACAUGCUGGAAGGACUGUACGAGUCAGAUCAGGAGAUGGAGGAGGACAAGUUGUACCUCAAACGUUUCGAACAGGUCUUCCUACAAGAGAGCGCAAAUUUCUACCGGGAGGAAGGCGAGCGGUUAUUGAAAGAGUCGGACGCAGGAACAUACUGCCAUCAUGCAAAGCGGCGGAUAGAUGAGGAGAGUGACAGAUGCAGAUCGACACUUUCCGAAGCCACUGCUAUUAAGAUUCAGAAGGUGGUCGAGGAUGAGCUGAUCAAGAACAAGAUGAAAGGCUUGAUCAAAAUGGAUAGCGGUGUGCGGUACAUGGUGGACAACGACAAGUUUGAUGCGCUGCAUCUUGUCUUCGACCUGGAAGCACGCGUGAACCCCCAGAAGCCGGAACUAACCAAAGCCCUGCAAAACCUGGUCUCCGAGAUGGGUGGCAGGAUCAACGAAGCUGCGAUAACAGCCUCAACAGCACCUGCUGCGGCUGCCCCCACUGGAGAUGAUGCGGAUGCUGGAGCUGAGAAGUCGAAAGCCGGCAGCGGAAAGCAGAUCAACCAGCAGACGCAAGCUGCACUACAGUGGGUGGCAGAUAUUCUCGACCUCAAGGACCGUUUCGAUAAGAUCUGGGAUAAUUCAUUCAACAAAGACCAGACCAUACAGACCGCGCUCACUCGCAGCAUGUCUGAGAACAUCAACUCAUUCGCUCGCGGCAGCGAGUAUGUUUCGCUGUUCAUCGACGAUAAUAUGAAGAAGGGCAUUCGAGAUAAGACCGACAUCGAGAUCGACCAGACGCUCGAAAAGGCAAUCGUCCUCCUUCGCUAUCUCCAGGACAAGGAUGUGUUCGAGACAUACUACAAGAAGCAUCUGUGCAAGCGGCUGAUUCUGAAGAAGAGCCAGAGCACCGACGUGGAGAAGCAGAUGAUUGCUCGCAUGAAGAUGGAGCUUGGCAACGCUUUCACGAUGAAGCUGGAAGCAAUGUUCAAGGACAUGUCUCUGAGCGAGGAUCUGACCAAGAACUACAAGGAUUAUGUUGCCGGGCUUGGCGAUGCGGAUCGGAAGCGUGUCGACCUCAACGUGCUGGUGUUGACUUCGAUGACAUGGCCACUGGAAGCAUUCCGCAGCACAAACGAGGGCGACGGCGAAGAGAAGGCCAAGAUCAUCUUCCCAACUUCAAUCGAUCGAGUAAGAGCAGGACUCGAGCGUUUCUAUGCGGAGAAGCACUCUGGCCGAAAGCUCUCUUGGCAGACCAACAUGGGAGACGUUGACAUGAAGGUCUCUGUCUGUAAUAAAGAAGGCAUGCGCAAGACGUACGAUGUGAACUGCUCGACAUAUGCUGCCAUCAUUCUGCUCCUCUGGGGCGAGACACCUGCCAGCAACAAAUUGACGCUGGAAGAGAUCGAAGCCAAGACGAACAUCCCAAUGAACGCUCUAACACGAAACCUGCAGUCACUUGCGGUUGCCCCCAAGACUCGUUUCCUCAUCAAGGAGCCCAUGAGCCGCGAGGUCAAGCCAGGUGACCGCUUCUCAUUCAACGAGGAAUUCAAGUCGCCAUACCUCAGGAUCAAGGUCAACGUAGUCUCCGCCGGCAACAAGGUUGAGAACGACCGCGAACGCAAGGAGACCGAAAAGAAGAACAACGACAGCCGCGGCUUCGUGAUCGAAGCUGCCGUCGUCCGCAUCAUGAAGUCCCGCAAGGAGCUUUCGCAUGCCCUUCUCAUGCAAGAGACCAUCGCAGUUCUAUCAGGCCAGUUCAAGCCUGACCUUAACAUGAUCAAGAAGCGAAUCGAGAGCUUGAUUGAGCGGGAGUACUUGGAGCGGCUGGAGAAUGCGCCUGUGCCGAGCUAUCGGUACUUGGCUUGA